GUCUAACUGGAUUGUCAUAUAUAGAAUUAGUUGGACUUAAUAGGCCAAUAUAUCUCCAAAUUGCUGUUGUCUGUCUGCAUGUUAACAGAAAUCUUUGGUUUUCUUUUACUCUUCAGUAAAUAGGAAUUGAUCGACUUUGACCUUACCCGGCCAUGAUUAACAAAGACACUUUGGUUUCAAUAGCUCAUCAAAUUUAUACCAUAGGCUUUGCCGUUAUGUUAUUUUUUGGUAUUUCUUGGGCAUAUGUCGCAGGAUUUCAACUCCUAAUGGGGGAAAAAUUAAUUUUGUUUGGUAUUUACGGAACCCUGGUCAUUGGACACUUCUUAUUGCAAACAAUCUUUGCUCUGGUUGAGCACUACAAGAUGAAAAAUAUUAUUCCACCAUGCUGCAACACUAAAUCUGUGGCGAUAACCAUAUCAGCUUAUCAAGAGGAUCCUUCAUAUUUAGUACAGUGCCUCAAUUCUGUGAAAAGCAUUCAGUACCCUAUCCACAAGUUGAAAAUUAUCAUGGUUAUUGAUGGGAACUCAAAAGAAGAUCAAUACAUGAUGGACAUAUUCAAGGAUAUUUUCUGCGAGGAAGAUAUCGGAACAUUUUUAUGGGAGGGAAACUAUCAUUCUAGAAAUUUUAAUAGAAUUGUGCGGAAUCAGGAAGACGAUAACAGCAAAAUGUCGCAAAGAAAUCCUGUCAAUCUGUUUUAUGGGGAGGCGUGUAUCGGAAAUCCAGAAAGACUGGCGGUGGAGUCACUAAUCCACACAAAGCGUUGCAUUUGCAUUAUGCAGAAAAAGGGAGGAAAGAGAGAAGUGUUGUACACAGCCUUCAAAGCUAUUGGCGAUUCGGUGGAUUACAUUCAGGUCUGUGAUUCUGAUACAAAACUUGACUCGCAAGCAACUGGAGAACUGGUUAAAGUCUUGGAUUCAAAUGAAAGCUGCGGAGCAGUCGGAGGUGAAGUGCGAAUUCUCAAUGUCAAUGAUUCCUUCAUUAGCUUCAUCAGCAGCCUGCAUUAUUGGACUGUGUUCAAUUUGGGACGAGCUUGCCAGUCUUAUUUUAAUUGUGUCUCCUGCAUCAGUGGACCUUUAGGGAUGUACAGGAAUAAUUUGAUCCAACAAUUAUUGGAGCCCUGGUACAAUCAGAGAUUCCUAGGAGUCCGGUGCACAUUUGGGGAUGAUCGUCAUUUAACUAACAGGGUACUCAGUCUGGGCUAUUCCACCAAAUACAUGCCCAAGGCUUGGUGCUAUACAGAAACUCCAGCUCAAUAUCUCCGCUGGCUCAAUCAACAAAUACGUUGGACUAAGUCAUCUAUCAUAGAAUGGAUCUACAGUUCCUGCUUCUGGCACAAGCAUAGUCUGUGGAUGACAUAUGAAGCAGUAACUAUGGGGAUUUUGCCAUUCUACAUUUCCGUGUCUGUCAUUAAGCUAUUCUACUACGGCUGUCUCUGGGACAUUCUAUGGAUGCUCCUAUUCCUCCAUGGCUUUGGACUCAUUAAAGCGAUCAAUGCCUCUUCUCUAAAGAGAAGUCCACUGAUGAUCUACCUAUCCCUGUUUCCAACCUUCUACCUGUGGGGGUUACUGCCCAUCAAAUGCUUUUCUCUUGUUACCAUUACCAAUACUGGCUGGGGAACAUCUGGACGCAGAGAGAGAGUCAAGAACUACAUCCCACUUUUUCCUCUCUUAGUUUGGGGCAUUAUUCUCCUUGUGGGUUUAAUUGAGACACUCUUCACAGAGUUUGAAGGUGCAUGGACCCAUCAGCAGCAGUUGUCAGAAAAAGAUUAUAUUCUUUACAGUUCAAUGACAUUAUUUUUAUUUUAUACAAUUCUAAUAUCAACCUACCAUCUGUGGUCUUGGCACCGACAUAGAAGAAGCACUGCAAUGUAUCGUGUUGAAGUGUAG